GAGGGAUGAAGGGACGGGUCAAAAAAAUUCCGAAAGAGAUAAGAUAAGAUAACUCCAAACCUAAUCUUCUCGCGCACGAGCCUUCCACUGUUUUCCGCAUUUGUUCCUCAUCGUCCUUUGUUCAGCCCGCGAUGCCGGGCACGUCAACCUCGCUUGAUUCCCUCAGCUCACCUUCGCCGUCACCGUCGCCUCCACCAGAUAACUUGUCCAAGGCAGAGCCCAGCAGCGCGGGCCUGGACGGUGAUUCAGAGCUUUCAGAGUUGACGGAGGAUGAGCAGGACGACCAGACAAACGGACAUGGUCCUAAUGGUAGUAGCAGACGUGGAAGAACCCAUUCAGGUGGCCGUGGAAUGCGCCCUUCGCGUCGAGGUGGUCGACGAAAACGCAGCAGUAUCGUACCAGCACCCAUGUGGGGAUGGGCGGCAACAAAGGCUUCGAGUGCCGUCGAGGAAGAAGAAGAGGAAGAGCGUAGCAGACGCCCUAAUGUCAUGGAGGAGGAAGAGGGGGAGGAGGAGGACACCGCAGACCAUGACCAGCCCAAGCAACCGGAUUUGCCCAUCGUGGCCCACGAUGAGCUCGAUCAUUCUCUUCCUGCACCACCACUACCACCCCCCGUCGAGCAGCCCUUCGAAUCCGUUGCUACCACCGUCCCAAUUCCCUCCAGUCACGAAAUUGCGGCAAUGGACCUCGUGGGGCUGGCCUUGGCAGUGGCAGAAAAGGAAAAGAACGCCGACAUGUUACGCAAGGAGGCUAUCGACAACGACGGUGACGGAAAAGAUGAACUCGCCGAUGAUACUGACGGCGAGGUCUCUGAUGAUGAUCCUGCGCAGCCCGACGUCGAUCGCGACAAUGAGAAUGACACUGAUUCCGAGGAGGAGCAGCUCAAGGAGGAGGAAGAGGAGGAGGAAGAUGACGACGAUCCCAAGGCUGUUCUUGAAGAUGAGCUCGAGGAAGAUGUCGAUAUGACCGCCCCUCCUGUUGAAUCGAUCGCUCCCGUCGUCGCAGCCGCUUCUGCAUCGUCCAUAAUGGCGGGCUCAGGUGUCGUCGACCCUGGUUCCCCAUAUCCUUCGGGUUCUGAAGGUUCUCCUUCUCCUGCCUCCUCUCGUUCGCCAUCCCCAGCUCCGCCACUUAAAUCUCCUGUCAAUACAUCACUCUUGGCCCAACCCGGCAGUACUGCCCCACAAGAUAACGUGGAUGAAGAAGAGGAAGAGGAGGAAGAGGAAGAGGAAGAAGCAGAGGAGCCGACUCCAAAGCCUGACAUUCCACCGUCAGUGAAAGGGAAGGGAAAGGGCAAGCAGAAACAUGACCUUCACAUCGACGCUGAGGACCAAGAUCAGGAUGUUGACAUUGAUGCCGAUGUAUCUCUUGAUGAUGAUAUGGAAGUCGAGAUGGAGUCAGAUUUGCAACCUGCUCAUCGUGCGGAGGCUCUAGAGGUGCUCGCCGGCAUCGAAUUUAAAUUUGGACGGUUGAGGGAAAUUCUCUACGUCGAAAGAAUGCAGCAAUUGGCAUGGGAGGAAACCCUUAUUCUCCAGGGUACACAUCCCGAGCUCAUUCAUUACCAGAAGGAGUUAUCUAACCGACGAGAUAAACGCGUCGAACUCGCGUCGCGUAAGCGUGAACUCGAAAUAACCACUAUCAUGAAGAGGAGGCGCGUACAUGAAGAUGGAACAUGGAGUUGGUGGAAGCAUGAAAGAGAUCAGCUUCAAACUGAUAUGAUCGCCGAUAAUAAUCGCAGAAAGAGAAAGUUAGAGAGAGAGCGAAGAGCUGUCGAGCGGCCGCAGUCUGGAUGCACCACCGCCAUCAACAUUACGCCAGAUCGUCCACUCAUUUCCGUUUGGCAACCAAUCCAAGAAGCAAAAGAGCAUUCCUUCUGGCUCACACACGGUGUAUCCAGAAUUAUCUACACUGCCCGCUGCAGAAGUAGCCAGAGAUUUGGAUUUUAUAUAUUCACUGCGACGCCAGUUCGAACAGCCACGAAUGCCGUCUACUAAUAUGGGAUCUCACAUUAACGGACCAACAGGACCCCCUCCUAUGGUCUUUGACCCUUAUCCCGACCCAUUCCCAGUCUUCCCAGGCAGGGAUGGAAGGAUG